AUGCCUGUGAGGUUCGGCAUCCUAGGCGCGGCGAAGAUUGCACGGAAGGUAGUUCGCGCAAUGCAGAGCGUACCAGGCGUCAUUCCGUACGCCAUAGCCAGCCGUUCUUACGAGCGAGCCGCGCAGUUCGCUAAGGAGGUCGGCAUGGCUGAGGACGCCGCGAUUUACGGAAGCUACGCUGACGUCAUUGCGGACCCGUUAGUGGACGCGGUUUACAUCCCGCUGCCGACUGGACUCCACGUGGAGUGGGUGGUGAAAGCCGCGAAUCACGGAAAGCAUAUUCUGCUAGAGAAGCCCGUGUCGCUGAAUGUGGCCGAUCUGGAAACCAUGAUCGCAGCCGUCGAUUCGGCGGGAGUUCAGAUCAUGGACGGCACGAUGUGGAUGCACAACCCACGGGCAGUCGAAAUGAAAGCGGCCAUGCAGGAUAGAGAAUCUUUCGGGCAGCUCCUGCGCGUAACGGCGAAUUUUUUCUUCCCAGGAUCAGAGGAAUUUAUGAAGGAGGACAUUCGGCUGAAGAAAGAUCUAGACGGAUUGGGGUGUUUGGGAGACAUCGGGUGGUACUGUAUCCGAUCGUCACUCUGGGCUGCGGAUUUCGAGCUUCCGUAUAAAGUGCUGGGUCUCCCAGAUCCCAAGGUUAACGAAGAAGGCGUUUUGAUUCGCUGUGGUGGUUACCUGUGCUGGCGAAACGGGUUAACCGCUCUAUUCCAGUGCGGGUUUGAUUCUAUUGAUUCCCAGCGCCUUGAGUUUGCAGGCUCCCUCGCUACAAUCACACUAGAGGACUUCUGCAUCCCCUUCCAGGAAGAUAAGGCCAAGUUUGUGAUUGAAAAGGGGUCCAAGUGGCCAAAUCCGAGUCUGGGGGUGGAAUCCACGGUUGAGAGGAGAGAAACCGUGCUGACGUGGACGCAGGAGGCAAUGAUGAUUGCUGAGCUGGCACGGAUUGUGAGGGGGGUGAGAGGGGGGGGAGGGAAGGCGGCAUUGGAUGGGCGAUGGGUGGAUAUGAUGGAGCGGACACAGCGGGUGGUGUGUGCUGUGCAUGACUCGAUUGCACGGGGAGGAGUGCCUGUGCUUAUAGAGGAGGGUCGGGAGAAGGGUAAGGAGUAG